GCGUUUGCUACUAAACUUGACAAUGGCCUAAUGUCACGAAAAAUAUAACAAGUUAAUACGUGUGUUUAAUUCAACUAGCUAGUUAUGGAUGAAUAUUAUGAAAGUAUUGUUUUCCGAAGUGAAAGAGUCGAGGAUAACGUGUCUUUAGCUGUGGCUACUGACGACUCCGCACUGGUAAAGGCCUAUGAAGACGCCCUCCGAACAUUUCGGAGCUGUAAUGAUGAAAAAGAGAAGCUUGGAAACAACCCACCGAAAUUGACAGACUCAAAACUCCCCAAAUCUCAUGUGUUGAGUAAGGAGCCGGGUGAACCAAAGGCAAACUCAAAGAGGGCUGAAAAAGAGAGCGGUGAGAAGCUUGCAGACAAUCCGCAGACACUGUCUGAAUCAUAUGUGCCGACCAAAGGACCAGUUGACCCGAAAACAAACUCAAAGGUGUGGAGGCUGGGAUACCGGUGUCGUGCGGUGUACUCCGAGGAUGGCCUGGUUUACCCAGCGGUGCUGGUGUGGUUGAGAGGCGAACGCUGCCGGGUGAAGUUUGAAGGCUACGGGAAUGAGGAAGAGCUGGAGCUGAGCAGCCUGCUAUCUCCAGUAGAACUGGGAGGCCACAGAGGUAGAGUUGAUGCCAAAGUGCAACAAGGGGCUGUUGAUGGGUUCAGCUCCACUAGUAACAACAUUGCUGAUUGGAAGAGGAUGGGAAGAGAUUGGAGGACACCUCAACAAGAGGGACGAGAGGAGCUGUCCUCACCUCAGCCACCUAAGUUUGCUCCAGGAAAAGACUAUGGCAAAAGCAGCUAUGACUUUGGCAAGGAGCAUGGGGAUAAGAAGAAGCCAAGUGGCCAGCGAGAGGUACCAAACAAUCACCCCUUUUCCUUCUUUCCUCCAGUGCCACCGCCCAAGGACUCUCUGGACUUCCUUCCUCCUCCUCCUCUUCCUCCACCUCCACCGUGUGUAUGGCCCCCCCGAGCAGUGCUGGCCGAUGCUAGCGAUGGGCUAGACUCAGCCGUGACAGACCUAUCCAGCAUGCUCCUGUCCUGGUACCUGUGUGGCUACCACACCGGCUGCUACAUGUGUGAUGCGGAUCAGCAAUGUGCAGUUGGCAAAGGUGCAAGAAUUGGGAAGUUGUGCGAGUGUUCACGGGGAACGAGGGAAUCGAGGAUGACAGCUACCAUCUGAUCAAUCAUCACACUGUAUGAGGACAAAUUGUGUUUUCUCAAAUGUUUCUCUUUUAGAUAUGUAAAUGUUUAAGAAUUGAAUAAACUUUUUUGAAGACUUCUCUUUAAAUAAAGAAGUAAACGUCUUUACUACCUACAUCUCUGCAUUGAAAAUGUUGGGAGAUAUUACUCUAGAGGGUGCAACAGAGCUGAAAUUUCAAGAGGCAAAAAAUGUCCAUGUGUGAAAAGGAAACUUACCACCUAUAUUUAUUAAUAAUAAUAAAUACAAAUAUUACAGCAUUGUAUUAUCUGUCAUCAUUAUGCUACCAUAAUAAUCCAAAUUGGCCUUAAUUGGUGUGAUAUUUUAGACUAAAUUUAUUUUAGACU